CCAACAAGCUAGGAUCUAAAAUAUCCUUCUGGAGACAGUCAAUGAUCUGAAACAUCUCUCCUAUCGGACCUAAAUUACGCAGCUCUUUUGCAUCAAGGAGACAAUCUCCUGUAUCUUGGGUGCAGAAACAGUCUGAUCCUGUUGUGAAGUGGGAAGUAUAGACCAGGGUCCCUGGUCAUUUGUUUGCCGAACUAAAGCGGGACCAUCAAGUAUCGCGCAAUCACUCAACAUGAUGAGCUGACAACAAGAAAAGGUUAAGCACCGUAUCAUCCACCAGAAUAUGUGGAUUCAUAGGUGCAAUCGUGAACGUGAUUCGAUGUCGCAUUACGUGGACGGGAUCAACCGCGGAUGAGGGGUAAUCUGCAAUCCCCUCACUCCUGACCAUGGUCCCCAUCUCCUUUCUCCCGCCCUUUAAAGGCCGUGGCUGCUGGUUUCAGGCCAUAAUCCGCUGGUAAACUUUUCACGAUAUCUAUAUCAAAGGACUUCCAACAACAUGUCUUUGGGACGCACCUUCAGACUCAACUCGGGAUACGAGAUCCCCGCCGUCGGUCUGGGGACAUGGCUAUCCAAACCUCAUGAGGUAGAGAACGCAGUCGAGGCAGCCCUUCGCGCUGGAUACCGCCAUAUCGACGCCGCCGCAAUUUACCAGAACGAAUCGGAAGUAGGGAGUGGCUGGAAGAAAUCAGGAGUACCUCGUGAAGAGAUCUUUCUGUGGAACACCCACCAUCAUCCUGAGAAUGUAGAAGAGGCCGUCAACAAGACCCUCAAGGAUCUCCAGACGGACUACCUCGAUCUGUACUUGAUCCACUGGCCCGUGGCUUUUAUUUACCAGAACAAUUUUCAGCCUCCCCUCGACCCAGUCACAAAGCGCUUCCGGCUCGCAGAUGUUCCCAUCUCCGAAACAUGGAAAGCACUGGAGAACCUCGUCGAUUCGGGCAAGGUGCGGAGUAUCGGACAAGAUAGAAGAGCUUCUCAAGACCGCGAGGAUCCCUCCGGCUGCGAACUAAAUCGAGGCGCAUCCAUACUUGCUGCAGUCCAAGCUCACGGAGUACUUGAAGGAGAAGGUGGGCAAUCCUCCAACAUCCUCCCUGUCGCAUAUAGCCCUCUGGGCAAUAAUAUCUUCGAUCUCCCUCGUGUCAUCGACGACCCUCAGGUCAUUGAAAUUGCGAAGAAGCUCAACAAAGACCCCGCUAUCUUGCUGAUCUCGUGGGCUGCCCAGCGCGGCACCGCCGUUUUGCCCAAGAGUGUUACCCCAUCCCGAAUUGAAAGUAACUUCAAAGAUUUCAUCAUCCCCGACGCCGAGUUCGAGGCUCUGAACAAGCUUGAUCGCAACACGCGAUACAACUACCCUUUCCGUUGGGGAAUAGGUAUCUUCGGAGAGUUAGGAGCCGAAGAAGCAGAGCGACGGGCCGAAGAGUUUGCUGUGAAACUGAGAGAGGAAGCUUAG